UUACACGUUAUUUGUCCCUCUGUUACCCCUUCUCUCCCCCCUUCAUUAAACUCUUUCCUCAUGUCAGUGAUGGUUUGUGCUAUAUUUGUGGAGUUUGCCCUCACCCUGCUGACUCUAAUUAUCAGGUUAACCAUUAACUUUAAGAUUUCACCUUGUUGGCUCUUUGCCCCCACUCCUCGUCACCACUGACAUAGCUACAGGCUGCUGUAGUUGUCGCUGCAUUAAAAAUAUACAAGUUCCUGGCAGAGAAAGAGAAAGGAAGAGAAAUAAAAGGAAGUUAGUGGUGUGGGUUGGGAGUAGUGGGAGGAAGUGGUCAAGGUGUAGUGGAAAAGGUGAGGCGUGGGAGCGUAGGGAGUAUCAAUGAAUAUCCGAAUCAGUGAAGCAGCUAGAGAGAAACCAGAGGAAAGAAGACAGAGGAAGAGCCUGAAGUGGGAUUUAUACCUCUGCACCCAGGGGGAUUUUGUCUGGAGGAGUGUCGACUGUGAGCUACUGUGCUUGGCUGCUGGGAGAAAAUGGAGGAAGCUCUCUCAUAGUAGUUAAAGUGAUGGAGCCCAUGACGGUGACGACAUCGGUGGUCGGACCGGAGGAGUUCGACCGCAACGCCCCGCGGAUCUGUGGCGUGUGCGGCGACAAGGCCACCGGAUUCCACUUCAACGCCAUGACGUGCGAGGGCUGCAAGGGAUUCUUCAGGCGCAGCAUGAAGCGCAAGGCCUCCUUCACCUGUCCUUUCAACGGGAGCUGCACCAUCACUAAGGACAACCGGCGUCACUGCCAGGCCUGUCGUCUCAAACGCUGCAUCGACAUCGGCAUGAUGAAAGAAUUCAUCCUGACAGACGAGGAGGUUCAGAGAAAGAAGGACAUGAUAUUAAAGAGGAAAGAAGAGGAGGCAGCCCGGGAGGCGAUGAGGCCACGUCUGAAUGAGGAGCAGGCCAGGAUCAUCUCAUCCCUGGUGGAGGCUCACCACAAGACCUACGAUGCCUCCUAUUCUGACUUCUCCCGCUUCAGGCCUCCGGUGCGUGAAGGUCCAGUAACACGCAGUGCCAGCAGAGCCGCCUCCCUCCAGUCUCUGUCUGAUGCUUCCUCUGACUCAUUCAACCACUCACCUGAGUCUGUGGACACCAAAAUGAACUUCAGCAGCCUGUUAAUGAUGUACCAGGAUGGCGCGAGCAGUCCAGACUCGAGUGAGGAGGACUCGAAGCUUUCCAUGCUGCCCCAUCUGGCUGACCUGGUCUCCUACAGCAUCCAGAAGGUCAUAGGCUUUGCCAAGAUGAUCCCAGGCUUCAGAGAGCUGACGGCAGAAGACCAGAUCGCUCUGUUAAAGUCGAGUGCCAUCGAGAUCAUCAUGCUGCGUUCAAACCAGUCGUUCAGUCUGGAGGACAUGUCCUGGAGCUGCGGUGGACCCGACUUCAAAUACUGCAUCAAUGAUGUCACGAAGGCGGGUCACACUCUGGAGCUGCUGGAGCCGCUGGUGAAGUUCCAGGUUGGUCUGAAGAAACUCAACCUGCACGAGGAGGAACACGUGCUGCUCAUGGCCAUCUGCCUGCUCUCCCCAGAUCGCCCUGGUGUCCAAGACCACGGCCGCAUCGAGCAGCUCCAGGAUCACCUGUCGGAGACACUGCAGGCCUACAUCCGGGUCAACCACCCGGGCGGACGCCUCCUCUACGCCAAGAUGAUCCAGAAGCUGGCCGACCUGCGCAGCCUGAACGAGGAGCACUCCAAGCAGUACCGCUCGCUCUCUUUCCAGCCUGAGCACAGCAUGCAGCUCACCCCGCUGGUGCUGGAGGUGUUUGGCAACGAGGUGUCAUAGCAGAGGAAGGCUCACGCACACACACACACUAAUCACACACAGGAUUAUUAACCCACCUUACCGCCUUUUCCCCGAUAAAACCCCAGCCCUGAUGCACCUGGACAUGUGGGAGAAAGAUGGAUAAUCAGAUAGGUAGACAGUAACCUUCACCUCUUUAUCACCUGCCCAUCUUCCUCGUCCUCCUCCUCCUCCUCCUUCUCCGUCUCUCAGUCUCAAGCAGCGAGUCUCAGACGCCUGGACCUCUUGAUUUAUGGAUUUAACACACCUAAAUAUGCUGCAAAUUUCUGCAGCACUUAUAAGGAUAACCAGAUGUUAUUUUGACCUCUGGAUUCUCACAGCACCGCAUCAAAUGACAACACAUCUGGAACAGAAGGACAUCACUGAUCCUCUCCACAUCCACCAACUCCAAAAAAACCCUUUUCUCAUCACCACCUUUCCCUGGACAUCACCGCUAGAUUUAUUUUUGUUUUUUUUACAGAGGAGACAGCUUGACGGAUGUGCCUGUCACAUCUCUUUUUACCAUCCCAUCAUCCUCAUAACAUGUUCCAUGUCGGCAUCCUCGCGAUGACAGACAGGAAAAGAUACACAGAUUUACAUCUUAUUAGGCAUGCUGGCACUUGUGAGGUACAGAUAAAUUGCUAGCAAAGUUACUACACUAGUGUUAGAUAGCUAUAAACUUUUGUUUAUUUACCGUUCGUUGACAGCAAAGAUAUCCAAAUAUAUUAAACAACAACACGGCCAGCUAUGGGCAAAGCUUCAUGUAAUGUAAUGGAAAUACUUAGUUUACUAGUUGAAACAUACCUGGUCAAGAUGGAGCCUAGCAGGUGCUUUCUCCUGCUCGGCCCUGUGUAUCUGUGUACGUGCUAAGAGAGGACAUCAGAUGGUCGGCUCAAGUGAAGAAAGCAAGUUCACGUAGGAAUGUUUCAGUUUGGGAAUGGUGAUAAGGAAGGAGAGAUUUGGAGGAACCGAGUAAAGGAGGUUCGGAUAGAUGGACGGUUGGAAUUCCCUUUUUACAACACAAAAGGGAAUUUCACGAAACAAGAAUGUAUGUAUAAUGCUAUAUAAAUAUAAAUGAUACGUAUAAGCUGAUAUAUAUAUAAAUAUAAUUAUAUUUAAGAGAGUGAAACAUGGUUGCUUCCAUGGAAGCAAAUAGUUCUGAGUGUUUGUAUAAUGUAGAGGAUUUGAAGGCGCCUCCUUGGUCGUGUGUGUCAUCUUUCAAAAGACAAAUGUGCACACACACACAUGAGAAAGCACUGAGAAGUGUGUGAGGAGUCCUUCUAUUUUUGUGAUGUGUGUACAGUAUAUGAGAAUAUCGAUGGACCACAAGGGGGUGCGUGUACAGGCUCUGACUGAGGGUUUAGUGCAGGGAAGCACUUCUCUGUUGGAUUUUGUCGUUCUUUGGACCUGUGAAGUUUGUAGACUGACAUACGCAAACACAACGUCAUAUUUCGUGGAUAGUGAGUUAUCCAAAAAUAUUUGUUCAGCUGGUUAGAUUGCUGCUAAGACAGUUAGAGCUAGAUAGUUGGACAGAAACCAACUACCGGCUGUUGCCUCAGGGAAAAGUUUGUCUGAUGAUAUUGUGUACUUGGUGUUUAUGGUGUGUGUGGCGUAAGCUUACAAUCAUAAGACAGAGAUUGUUUUUGAAGCUCUAGGCAUCACUGUGAUUUCUAAUCAUACUAAAUAACAGCAUAAGUAAGCUAAAAGUGAAACUUUUUCAAAUACUACAAGAUUUUCAUUCCUAAGUUUAUGUCUCCAAGUUGACAUACCCAUUAAAUGGCUACAUUUUAAACCAGUCAUCUGUGUUAAAACACUGAUCAAUGAAAGUAAUCAGAAUCAGCCUUAAGUGUAGUUUGGUUCCAUUGUUUCAGGGCAAAGUGAAUAUUCUACAGAUGAUAGCAAUGUACAAUAGUUUCAACAAUAUAUAGCCUUGAGUGUUUUUGGAAUGAAAUCCUUCAGAUGCUCUUUGACAGGCAGAUAGACGGGCAGAGAUCUAAAAACACGAGAGAGAACUUUUUUAUAUUAAAUAUAUUUUAAGAAAUCAAGCCUCAUACCUUUUUGUCACAUUUAUAUCAUUUCAACACCAGCCACAUAAGCGAGGUUUAGGAUGUUACUUUACGACAUCACUACAUAUCAUAUCACGUUUCUGUCGACACAGUGCAUGCUCACCCCUCAUGCAGGCCUGGAUCACCCCCUUGUGGACAAACUUUGUAAAUACCACUUGCUAAGUCUGUACAUAGUUAGACAUUAAUGUAGGCAAAAUACUAAGAGAAUUCAAUCAUCGAUGGCAAGAUGCUCUGGAGAUACAGCACUAUAUGCAAUUAGGAGAUGGACUCUUAUGUUGUAUUCAACUAGAAUGGACAGAGGUGACAGUCCUGGUCAAGUUGCUGAGUUGUUUCAGGUUGCAGUGAAGACGACUGUCGGAUUUGGGUUUAACCAAGCUGAUAUUUUUGACUGAAACAUGCGAUUCCAAACCAAUUUCAUAACAACGCGAUUCUGGUUUAAAGUGUUUAACAAACACCAACACUUGUGUUCGAACCUUUAUCAUACCAAACUGGCCAAUAAAGUCCCUAAUAAAGGGCCGGCGUUGGUCCAACCCUGUUUUGGGUGAUGCUCUUACUAGUGUAAUGAUGGGACUUGCAAAUCUAAUGUGUUUAUAUAAUUACAAAGUUCAUGUGACUGAACAUUCCUAGUGGCAGUUGUGUCGUGCAUUCCUUCUCCGGCCGAGUCCCGUGCACGAUCUACACGUGAAACAUCAGCGUGAGCAUCAUUAACUCUCCGUCAGCCUUUUUUUUUUUUUUUUUAAAGCAACCAACAACUCAGUCUCACCAGGACGCGUCCUCUCUGUCCAUUCCAAGCUUAUGGAUGUACAUCUUUUGUCUUUCUUUCUCUUUCUAAAGUCUAUCGAUAUGCUUUUGACAAUUAUACAGUAUAUCCAUAAUAUUUUCAUUUUGGUGAAUUUUUUUGUUUUUGUUUUUCUUUUCUUUGUGUUCUUUUCAAGAUUGUCAAUUUUAAUGCGUGUCAGAGUUUGCUGUCUAGCUAGCGCUUGGCUUGCUGCGCUGGGAUGUCAUUUCAAUGAAGCAGAGAUGAGCAUGGUGGACUCCUGGAGCCUUUUCCAAGUGCCCCUUGUUCCCUUGAUUUCAAGUGAGUGUAUACAGAAAUGGCCCUUUUUAACCAGUGACGUGGCUUCACUUUUUGGACAGGGAAGAGAAACUGGACACUUGUUCUCCUUCCUUUCUCCAGUGGAAUAAAAAAAAAACAGACUUGUGCAGCAGUGUCACACCUGGAGCUGUAACCUGAGGGAAAGGAACAAAAGUGUGGAGCAGAAUCUUGUCACCGUCGAUGGAAAGGUAGUCCCCAGCUCUGUCAAAACAAAGAAACAAAACAAAAGAAGCUACAUCUACUUUUCCAGAAGCAUGAUGUCAAACCACAAUCAAGUGAUCAUGAACUAACACUGACUCAACUGACUGACACAGGAUUUAGCCAAUGGAAAACAGCCGCAGCAACAGCAUGCCUCUUCAUUCAUCACGCAACCAUUUAACCGCCUCUUCUUCUGCAAUAGCGAAUUACAGCAGGAUUUGUUCUUCAUAGCUUUAACUCAGCAGCCAGUCAGGCUCUGCUUUCGGGAAAAAAAACAAAAAACUGUGGCGCACCAAGUGCUGACGGGAGUCGGCAGAUUUAGUGGAACAGCUGCUGUGGAAUUGGACGUGUCACUUUACUGUGAAAAAAAAAAAA